GGCUGCCAAACAGUAAAGACGAGACAGUAAGAACUCCGCUACUGCACUGGAGUAGAAAUUGUUGAUCGAACAUGAAUGGUCCGUAUCAGCCCUUCACGGGACCAUGCUUACUUCCUAACUCAACGCUAUCACCGCUACAGCGCAUCAUCAAUGGAUAUAACUAUUCGAAGGAAAAUGUUUCCGUGGAGCUUGAUUUAAACCAAACAUCUAAUGAUCCAACCUAUAGUUCAAGCAACGUACCUGAGGCACCUGUAUACCUGUUAGUGUUUGCAACAUUGUUUUAUGUAGUGAUUUUUGUUGUGGGAAUUUUAGGUAAUGCGGCCGUGAUCGCUGUGGUGAUUUAUGGGAGAAAUAUUAAGAAUGCUGUCAACAUCUACCUAAUUAACUUGUGUGUUGCUGACCUCCUCGUCAUGGUGGUAUGCAUGCCACCCGUUCUCGUUGAGCUACAUACCAAAGAAGUCUGGUAUUUCGGCGAAAUCAUGUGUAAAGCUGUGCCAUUCCUCGAGAUGGUGGUGGCCUCUGCUUCCGUUUUCACCAUCAUUGCUAUCAGUGUGGAGAGAUACAAAGUCGUGUGCAAACCCUUGUCCGUCACGGUAGAGAAUGUGAUUUACGUUGUUAAGGUGAUCAUCGUCAUAUGGUUAGCUGCCAUCAUUAUUAGCACACCGAUUUUGUCUAUUGUAAUAUACAAGGACAGCAAGCUGCUAGAUGGAACCCCAAUCAAAGUAUGCCGGGCACCAAUCAGAACUAAGCUAGAAAAGUCAUACAUCGUCAUAUCUACAUUUUUGAUCUAUGUCAUACCUUGUGCUUUACUAUUCACUCUGUAUUGCCGCCUCUGUCGCAAACUUAUCCCCGACUCAGAAUGUCCCUUUGAUAUGUACGAGCGGUAUGCAGCAGAAAAAUUGCGUCUGAGAAAACAAGUUGUUAACAUCAUAGCCACAAUAGUUUCAAUGUUUUUCUUAUGUCAUCUGCCAUACCGCAUCGUCAGUUUGUGGCUGAUAUUUGAAAACAGUAAAAAUGUGGCACGUCUUGGAUUGGAAAAAUAUCUUGCAAUAGUUUACUCAGCAAGAAUUUGUCUUUACGUUAAUCACGCACUUAAUCCAAUCCUGUACAAUUUUGUUUCAAGAAAAUUCAGACGGACGUUUAAAAUGAUGAUUUAUUUCCGUGGAAGGCGAAAUAGGAACAAUUCUUCACAAAGACGCGUAGUGGAGAGGAAAUCUCGAGAAUCCAGUGGAAUGUAUUGCAAAGGCGAAGUCAACUUAAUGCGGAUGGAAAUUCAACAACGCCAGAUUUCUUCUUCGUCGUCAUCUUCAUCAAACAGGCAGCGUAUGAACGAUUUCUGUCCUUUGUAUAAGAAUAUUGCAAAUUCCAGAUAGUUAUUAAAUCAGAAAAGAAUGAUGUAAUAUUCUUGGAAUUUAUAUUCUAUUAAAAAAAGAAGAGCCAGUUUAAAAUCAUCUUCAUACAGACUAUAAAGUCAGCAAUGAUUAUUCUAAAAUAAUUAUCCGCAGAUGUUUAAAUUAUUGAAGUGCGUUCAAGUACAUUGUGUAUUGUGUGUGGACCUUUUGUGAGACCCUGAACUAUGUUUUUAAUAUUUUCAUGUAAUUUCUUGUUCAAAAGUCAUUUGCUCAAUCAUGUUUUAAUUAAAUAUUGUUGGAGGUGGUGUAAAACAACUUUUAUGUUUUGAAUAUAUAUUUCAUUUACUGACUUUGUCAAUUGUUAUAUUUAUAAAUAUAUAUGUGAUAUAAUAUAUAUUUUGUUAUAAUCAUAUAAAUAUCCGGAAUUGUCAACCGUAUCCAGUUCAUAAUGUUAAAAUUAGAUGAAACCUUGAGUUUCCGGUGAGUUUGAGGUAAACGACGAUAAAAAAUUCAUUCCGCUUACUGCAGGUUUAUAUAUAUAUUAUACAAUGUAAAUAUGCUUGCUGAAGCUGAUGACAUGGGUGUUCAUUGUACGUUUUGUCAAAGCGAGAGUGCAUAAACAACGAAAUAUAUUCAGAUUUCUGAUCCCAUAUGUGCCGUUACAAAUUGUCGCUAGCGCUGGACUUCGCAUGUUUUCCGCUGUUUCUUGUGUUUUAAUGAUAUACCAGUAUACAUCCCCGAGAAUUUGCAGUACGAUAUCUACUUAAUUCAUAAAAUAAACUAAGACGGGGUUCAUUCUAUCAAAACAAUGUAUUAAAUGGCGUUCAUUCUAUCAAAACAUUGUCGUUUAUGUAAUGUAAUAAAGCUAUUUAUGAAUUUCAGAUAUGUAAUGUUCAAGUAACUUUUGAUACCUACCAUCAGUUUGUCUAUUUAUUCACGAAACUUUUAAACAAAUGUGUUUCUAGGUUCUACCUUAUAAUAUAGUUGUGUAUAAUGUUUGAAACUAUUUUUCUGAUACUGCUGUAAUUGUGGGGCAUACUGGUCCUGUCGUAACAGAAACAAGAUAUCUUAUUUUUCAUAAUAUCUAAUAAAUCCAUAUGUUAAGCAAGGUGUACUCGUCCGUCUCUCAUCAGUUGUUUCCAAUCAUUAAUGACAGCAAAACUUUAAAACAUGUAUUUAUCAUAUUUACCUGACAAACAGAGAAACCUUUAUCAUUAAAGCAGUUACAUAAUUUCAAA